AUGCUUCCUCCUCUCCCAGCCCUUGGCGACUACGGAAUAUCACCAGAGUAUGGAUUUCUUCCGGCCGAGUUGCCUCUUGAGAGGUUGCCAGACCCAUACUACAACAAGUGGGAGUCUAUUGUAGCAAACCUCCAGGGGCUAAUCCUCAGCAAACGUUUGCGCGGGGUCAUUGAUCAACUUCCUGUCCUAUCUACCAUUGGUCUGGAACACGAUUCUGAAUGGAGAAGAGCGUAUUCCUUGUUGUGCUUCAUGGCACAUGGCUACAUCUGGGGCGGUGAUAGUCCCUCACAGCGUCUGCCAGCUGCGAUCUCAGUUCCGAUCAUUCACAUCUCUGCGCACCUCGAGUUGCCCCCAGUUGCUACCUACGCAGCUGUUUGCCUAUGGAAUUUCAAGCCAUUGUUCCAAGAUGAAGCAGUCGAUAACAUGGAGAAUCUCGCGACUCUCACAACCUUCACUGGUUCAAUCGACGAAUCUUGGUUCUACCUCAUAUCAGUUGCCAUCGAAGCGCGGGGUGCGCCCAUCCUACCUUUGAUGAUCACUGCGAUGCAAGCAGCAAGGGUCAACGAUAGCACUACCGUCACAGCGUGCCUUCGAGCAUUCGCGGAGAGGUUGGAUGAUCUUGGUGGCCUCUUGCAGCGCAUGCAUGAGAGCUGCGACCCUCAUAUCUUCUAUAACCGCAUUCGCCCAUUCCUUGCCGGCAGCAAGAACAUGGGAGAAGCCGGGCUGCCAGAUGGUGUGAUCUACGAAGAUGGCACAGGGACUGAGAGGUUCCGACAAUACAGUGGCGGGAGCAAUGCGCAAAGCUCCCUUAUUCAAUUCUUCGAUAUUGCUCUUGGCAUCGAACAUCGUCCGACUGGUGAAAAGACGGGCAUAGUUUCCGAGAGUAAGCUAGAGGGUACUGCACCGCCGCCACCACCAAAGCACAACUUCUUGCUUGAGAUGCGUAAAUACAUGCCUGGGCCGCAUCGCCGUUUUCUAGAAGACGUAACCAAGGUUGCUAACAUUCGCGCUUACGUUGAAAGCCACCGGGACAUUUCGGGGCUAACUUUGGCUUACGAUGCUUGCCUCGCUAUGCUCCGGGAAUUCCGGAGCAAACACAUUAACAUCGUGUCCCGGUACAUUGUGAUCAUGUCACGCGAGUCGAUAUCUCUGUCUCGAUCCAGGAGCCCUGCUGUGCCGCACCACAAGAUGAAUAUCGCAACAGCAUCUCGCCAGGACAACACUGAGUCCGGCAAGAAGAACUUGAAAGGGACCGGCGGCACAGCAUUGAUUCCAUUUCUGAAGCAAGCCCGAGAUGAAACUGGAGAGCCAGCCAUCGAUUCUUGGGCCCGACGGGUUAUGAACAGAGACUUCAGUAUCAAAGGUUCAGGUGACUUCUUUUCUGGGAAGCUUAACACCGUUGAUGCCAAUGAUACUUGCGGAUUGGCGGGAACAUGGGCCCUAGACGAGCACGCGGGUGGUUUGUGUCACUAUUGA